GCCGACAAGCCAACUGCCACGAGCGAGAAAGACAGCAUCCAGUGGUCCAGUUCGCUGACAUUCUCGCAUACUUUCAAACGGUUUUCCUCUUCUUCCCAGCCACCACCUGGUGCAGGGUCUCAAAAACGGUGACCCGCGUGUGUUUUGGUGCUGCGUUUUGUGAAGGCAAUUGUGAGAAUUGUGCGUUUUUCACCUGUUAUUGCACGUGGGAUGGACGCAAAGCCUCCGUGGGAGAGUUAUUUGCGCAAAAAUCGCAGAGAUUGCAGUAGGCGCACAAGAGACGAAACCAACAAAAGUGGAAGGUUUACCCGAAUUCAGUCACCACCAGCCAUGUAAACCCCCCAUCGACCAUGUCGUCCCCAUCGCCCGACCCGCCAAAGUCCCCCGACCACACCUACCAGUCUAGCGAGACCAGCGACCACGGCCUCCUCAGCCACUGCCCCUGCACCGACAAGCCCCUCGACUCGUCCAAAACCGACCUCCACCACAGCCACUGCAUCCCCAAAUCCACCCACCACCACAACAUCAUCAGUCUCAGCCAUGUCCCCGCCAACACCAACCACAUCCACCCCAUCAACCAGUCGGUCCAUGUCCACGUCCACGCAUCGCCAAAGACCGCCCACAAAAUCGCCCCAUCGACGUGCACCUGCCACCUGCAGGAGGACGCCGACGUCAUCGUCGAAGCCGAACCCCAAGGACGGAAACUGGACGAUGACAGGAUCGAGGUGUCCAAUCUACCGCCGGCGCUGCCCCCCAGGCCGCCACCGAGGCCGCGGAUGGAGGGGACGAUGGGGUCCAGACACAGAAUUAGGAGUUCGAAUCCCAGCAACAGUGGCGUCCGCAAAUACGUCUUCUGGUGCUGCGCUUGUGGGGGCUUGGCCACCAUCCUGGGGACGAUGUUUCUAGCUGUCUACUUCCUUCUGCGCUCCUAUACUUCCACUUUAGGUUACUUCGAAACAAUACCUACUUUUGUGCCUGCCACUAUGUUGAUUUUAACCGGUCUUUGUGUGAUGAGUCUAGCCAGACGAAGAAAUCGAUAUAGUUAUUUGAUCAAAGUGUGCGGUUUGUGUUGUUUGGUUUGUGCCCUGACUUGUGUCCUAGUCACGAUCACAACCACAGUGAUUCACAUGAACCGACUCCAAACACUUCGAGAGUGUGUCUACACUCAAAAAACUCGUACCUGUAUUUGUUAUUCAGUGUUGUUGGAAUCACACGUCCAUGCAGACGAUGAAAUUAAGUUUGUCUUUAACUCAACACCCGACUGUGAGGUGAUCCACGGUGCCCUUUAUUCGUGUCUAAGGGCCAUGUUUGGACUCUCAGUUAGUGGAAUUUUAGUUUGUAUUUUUUCCUGUAUGUUAGUUUACCAGUUGUUAAGUCACGAGAAAAAGAAAAUGUAUUGGGAACAAUUAGAGUUGAGAUGUCGUUCGUUUUACCAACAACAUGCAAGUGGCCCUACGAGUACCCAUGGGUCGGUUAGAGGCCCCCCCAUCACCCCUAGUACUUAUUGUAGUUGUUGCGAGGAGUGUAGAUACCCGCCACUUCCAAUGGGACCACAGGUGUACCCAUGGGACACCCACCAUCCAACUGACAGAUUCUGGACUCCAGGCCGUGUUGGUAACUUCUACUCCCCCAAUCCCGGCGAGGAUCCCCUCCCUGGGGACACCACCAACCGGUCAAGUGGCUGGAGUUGGCGUAGACUCCCUUGGACACGAACCAAUACCCAGACGGAGAACCCCCGCGACACGUACCAAGUGGGUUCCAGUAGUGCCGACAGCCAGUACGGUUUUAGUACCCGAACCGGUGAAAACCUCCCCCAAGACCCCAAUAGUGGUUCCACGGGCUCGUACAGUGUCCUCGACAACCGUCCCCCCAUUGGUGGAGUCUACGUCUGGGGCCCUCCACCCCCCUACUCCAACCCCAACUCGCCUGCGCGGCGCCCGCUUCAAUCCCCCGCACGGUACCACCACAUCCACCACCACAUGCACGAAUCGCACUGUCAAAUGAACGAGGACCCCCAAUUUCGGGGCUCGAGAAGGACGAGACUUUGUAAAGACAACUACGAGAAUACCACCGAAGCCGAAGUCCAACAAGUGAAUGACAAUGGGGAAAGUACCGAUAGUUCCAGUUGCGUGGACCGGAUUUCCCACACACUUCCCGUGCGAAAAAUGAAGAAAAAAACUGACAUGGCGUCGGUUAAAUCCACAAAUCAGACCAAUCGUACCAACGUCCAAAAUGUUUUCACCCCAAAUAAAGACGAGCCCAAAAAUGAAGAGCUUGAAGAUAAAACGAAACCGGAAUGUCGGUUCCUCCCCCGUCUUCAAGGCGUCGAAAAUGCAGCCUUCCAGAAACAGGAAACGCCAUCAUCACAAAAACCGGAAACGUCCGAAUCGGAAGUGUAUUUCGCCGAUGUUAGUAGUUGUUGUAACAUUUCGGUGCGAAAUGACGGCCAGGAUUCAUCACUCUAUGAUGAAGCUCUCGACUCCCAGAAACCGCGUUUGAUGUCGUUGCAAAAACCAGAACCAGAACCAUCGAAUGGUGGGGGUCAAGACGAGGACUAUUUAACCCAUCGGAUGGGCAACCGACAAAUGUCAACACGAAGUCGCAUGCCGUUUCCACUCCCUUCGGAGGAACUCCCCGAGUUGCAACUCCUCCCCAAAGACAUCUCCCAGAAUAGUCUCAGUAGUGUGCAAUCCCCCAUGACUGAAACCACCGACGAUGGGUUAACCCCCGUCGAUUGUUGCAAUUAUUUCCCUGAGAAGACCUUCACUGAGCAUUUUCUCGCCCCUGAUGCUCAGUAUGAAGUGGUGCAAGAGUCGAGUAACCUCACCAAUACCAUUUCAGGGUUGAGUUAUUAUAACCAAAACAAGGGGGGGUUUAAUUACACACCAAGUCGGAGGAAUAUCGGGUCGAAUAUUUCAGCCCUGAUUCAAAAUUUGGGGGGCAAUGCGGCGGGGCUGCUCUACGGAGAGGCAAAUAGUGCGGAUGAAGAGGUGCAAGGACAGGGGUGUCACAGUGACGGGACCAUUGAUUCGGGGUGGCAUAGUGGAUCGGAAAAAGUGGAAAAUAAAAAAGUGGACGGUGAAGAACCGGUGAAUGUGUAGACUGAUGAGGUCAAAAGUUGAAAUGUUCUGUAUGUAAUUAUAUUUUAAUAAAGUCGAACACAUUUAGACAGGAA